GAUUCCGGCCGUACGUUCGUCCUCCCGCGAGCGUCAGCGAUGCCCAACAAGGCCGCCGUUGGUAGCGUCGUCGCCGCCGUCGGCGUCGUCGCCGUGGUGUGCGCGAUCGCCGCGGUCACCAGCUCCAAGAAAGGAGGCGACCAUGCCGCGCUCUCCGCCAACGUCAGGCUCUCCACCGUGUGCUCCGUGACGCGGUACCCGGGCAGGUGCGAGCAGAGCCUCGGCCCCGUCGUGAACGACACCGCCGACCCGGAGAGCGUCCUCCGCGCCGCGCUGCAGGUGGCGCUCGACGAGGUCGCCAGCGCGUUCAACCGCUCCGAGCAAGUCGCCAAGGACGACGACGGCAAGAUCACGAAGAGCGCCAUCCAGAUGUGCAAGAAGCUCCUCAACGACUCCAGCGAGGAUCUCAGGGGCAUGGCGGGCCUCAACCCCGAGCAGGUCACGGAGCACAUCAACGACCUCCGGACGUGGCUGUCCGGCGUCAUGACGUACAUCUAUACCUGCGCCGACGGCUUCGACAAGCCGGAGCUUAAGGAGGCCAUGGACAAGGUGUUGCAGAACUCCACCGAGCUGAGCAGCAACGCACUCGCCAUCAUCACCCGCCUCGGCGACCUCAUGCCGGAGCACCCCUCUAAGUCGAACGGAUCCGCCGGUGCGCACCGCCGGCUUCUCGGGUUGCAGGGGGGUGAGAUCGCGGUCGAGGGGGAAAGCUUGCGCCGCCUUCUGGCCGUCCACGACAAGGUCCAGGAGCUCGCCGACGUGAAAGACGUCAGCCGCAAGCUCUUGUCGGAGACGCUGGACGAGAUCACCGCGCUGUCCCACGACGCGAGCCGCCGCCUUCUUGGCCUCACGUUCAGCGAAGGCAACGAUGAGUACACCGAUGGCGACAAUGACCUCCCCGGCCGUCGGCUGUUGAGUAUGUCUACGGACGCCAGCUCCGAGACGCCCGGCGGCGAGCAUCGGCAGCUGAAGAUGUCUUACUCUGUCCUUGAUGGCACCACGAACGCCAUAUCUGAGGAGCACGCCGCCGGCGAGCAUCCGCAGCCGAAAAUGUAUUACACUAUCUUGGAUGGGCCAACGAAUGCCAUCCCGGAGGAUCCCACAGCCGCCGGCGAGCAUCGGCAGCUGAGCAUGAUGUUCAACGCUAUCUCCAACAUGACGAGGAACGCCGACAACGUCAAGCGCCGGCUGCUGAGCAUACCGUCGAACGACGGCUCCGAAGCCACAGGGCACGACGGCGGCUCGCGCGCGCUUCUGUCCGCUCAGCUGGAGAACCUCGCCAACAUGUCCGACGACAUGAACCGGUACCUCCUCGCGGUGGAGAUCCCCGACGACCUCGCCGGCAGGCGCACGCUCCUGUCAUCGACGCUCAGGGCGCUCAACGAAGUCACGACGGAGGCGAAGGGCCAGCUCGACUCGAUCGAGAACGGCACGCUGCCCUCCGACGCCAUCCCCGAGCGAACUCUCAGCGAGGAGUUCGAGGAAUACAAGGCCACCCCGCACCACAGGCUGCUCACCACGAACGUCGUCGGCACGAUCGAUGACAUCGAACAAGAGCGCCACCAGCGGCCGAAGGCCGGCGAGUUCCCGGAGUGGGUGCCGGCCCACCAGCGGCGGCUCCUGCAGCUCACCGGCAUGCAGAAGCCCAACACGGUGGUCGCCAAGGACGGGAGCGGCGACUUCAAGACGAUCACCGAGGCCAUCAACGCCGCGCCCAAGAAGUCCGCCACCCGCUUCGUCAUCUACGUGAAGGCCGGCGAGUACAACGAGUACGUCACCGUCACCAGCGACCUGCCCAACAUCUUCAUGUACGGCGACGGGCCGACACGCACCCGCGUCAUCGGCAACAAGAGCAACAAGGACGGCGUCGCCACCAUGGCCUCCCGCACCUUCUCGGCGGAGGGGAGCGGGUUCGUGUGCAAAUCGAUGGGGUUCGUGAACACGGCGGGGCCGGAGGGGCACCAGGCGGUGGCGCUGCACGUGCAGGGGGACAUGUCGGUGUUCUUCAACUGCAAGUUCGAGGGGUACCAGGACACGCUGUACGUGCACGCCAACCGGCAGUUCUUCCGCAACUGCGAGGUGAGCGGCACCAUCGACUUCAUCUUCGGCAACUCGGCGGCGGUGUUCCAGAACUGCCUCAUGACGGUGAGGAAGCCGAUGGACAACCAGAUGAACAUGGUGACGGCGCAGGGGCGCACCGACCCGAACAUGCCCACCGGCAUCGUGCUCCAGGGCUGCCGCAUCGUGCCGGAGCAGGCGCUCUUCCCCGUCCGCCUCCAGAUCGCCAGCUACCUCGGCCGCCCGUGGAAGGAGUACUCGAGGACGGUGAUCAUGGAGAGCGUCAUCGGCGACCUCAUCAAGCCGGAGGGGUGGUCGGAGUGGAUGGGCGACCAGGGCCUCAAGACGCUCUACUACGCCGAGUACGCCAACACCGGCCCCGGCGCCGGCACCAGCAAGAGGGUCGCCUGGCCGGGCUACCGCGUCAUCGGCCAGGCCGAGGCCACGCAGUUCACCGCCGGCGUGUUCAUCGACGGCUUGACGUGGCUCAAGAACACCGCCACGCCCAACGUCAUGGGCUUCAUCAAAUGAUUGCUUUAUGUCGUUUCCACACUUAAUUUAAUUACUUACUCCACUUUCUCUAGUUUGUGAGGUAAUUUUAAGGUCCUUAAAUAGGUUAUUAUGUUAACUCGUUGUGUAUGGUUUUAAUUUAAUUUUGUUUGCCUAGUCAAUGCAUUGAAGCACACUUAGACAAGCGCAUGCAUGGAGGGGAUGUGAAAAUUUGUAUUUAAGGGGAAAUGUAUGUGUGAAGGAUACGAAGAGAAAUAUGUAUGAUGCAUUUUGCCAAAGUAA